UCCAACUUACUAGAUCACCUUUUCUAAAAAUAAGCAUACAUAAUCUAAGAUCAUGGAAAAUUUGCAAAAAACAUCAACAUUAUCAUCAAAACCAUGGAAGAAAGGGCCAGCUAGAGGCAAAGGCGGGCCUCAGAACGCAACAUGCACGUACCGCGGCGUAAGGCAGCGUACGUGGGGUAAAUGGGUGGCUGAGAUUAGAGAGCCUAAGAAGAGAACUCGUCUUUGGUUAGGCUCUUUUGCUACUGCUGAAGAAGCUGCCUUAGCUUACGACGAAGCGGCGAGGCGGCUUUAUGGGCCUGAAGCCUAUCUUAACCUGCCUCACCUACGUUGCACUUACAACCCUUUGAAUAAAUCACAAAGAUUUAGAUGGUUUCCAUCUAAGAAUUUCAUUUCUAUGUUUCCUGCUUCAAGUGGCUGUACGUCCACAACAACCACGACUACUACUACUUCGUCGUUGCUUAAUGUAAAUGUGCAACCAAGUGUUCAUGUCAUUCAUCAAAAACUACAAGAGUUUAAGAAUUUUGGAUCAUCUUUAAAUGAUCAUCAUAGUAAGAAUAAUAAAGCUGAACCCAAGAAUACUGUUAUGAAGAGUAGGGAUAAAAGUGUUGUUAUUGUAGAAGAAGAUGAUCAAAGUUUGAAGAAACCUCAGAUUGAUUUGCAUGAGUUUUUGGAGCAGAUGGGUGUUUUAAAGGAAGGAGAAUCAGAUCCUAAUAACAAGCUUGAUAUUGAUAUUAUGUGUAAUAAUAAGGGUGAUGAUGAGUUGAUUAAGGAGAAAAUUAUAGGAGAAAUGAAUUCUGAGUGGGAUGAAUUAGUUGAAAUGUUAAGAGAAGAAGAUUAUCAACCAGUUGAAUCAACUAGUUUUGGAGAUUUUAGUAUGGAACAAGAGAUAAUUACUUUCCCACCUACUAUCUGGGACUUUUGAAUGUCUUUAUUUGGUUUUCCAAAGUUUUUUUUUUCUCUUUUUUAUUAACUUUUUUAUAUAGAAAGCUACACCAGAUUCACAUAUUUACCACUUAGUAUUAUUAUUUCACUAUUGAUAGUCAUUAUAUAUAGUUUAUAUAGGUUCUUAUAAUCAGAUUUUUGUCCUUUAUGUGGCUUGUAUUAAAAGGUACUUAUAAUUCAUGUGUCUCAUUUGGGAAUAAAAAUUCGUUAGAUGAGUUUUGGUAGGUAUUAAAUAUACUCCAUCUUGAAUUAUUUGCUCUAUUUUCCAUAUUAGGAUGUCUCAAAUCAUUUAG